AUGAUAGUUGUAGGAAGUACAAAUGGAAAAUGUAUUAAAAAUGUAGAAAAAAAGAAUGUACUAAUGAUUUGCUAUUGUCAAUUGACGGAUGAAAUAUUAAUGGAUAUACCAAAAUCUAUUCGAGUAUAUUCAACCAGAGUUUUUAUACCAGAAACAAACAAUGAAAGCAAUGUUAAACAUAUUAGAUCUUCACAUGAAUUAUUGUUUUCAAAUAUAAAACCUAUAUAUCAACAACCAUUUAAGGGCACUGUUGAUGUUAAAAUCAAUAUAAACGAUAUAAAUAACGAAGAAAAUAGAAAGAAAGUUCACCAAAUUAUUAAUGAUCUUUAUGCUAAUUCUCUUACAAUUUAUGAUAACAGAAACGGACUGUUUGGACAAUGUAAUGAAUUAAUAGUAUUUGAAACAUCACAAUUACCUGAAUCUAUCAAAUAUAUUUCUUUUAGUUUAUCGGAUUCAAAAUUAAUAAUGAAUAACAAACAUAUUGAGUGUGUAGAAAUGCAUGGACAAGGAUCUUCACUUGAACUUCAAUCAAUAAAUAAUUUAAAACAGUUAAUAAUAAAUGGGGUUAAUGAAAUAAAGAUGAAUGAAAAGAAUGAAGAACUGGGAAUUACAACAACUAAUAAAAGAAGAUAUUGGAAAGAAAUACAAGAAAAUAUCUACACAUUCCAAAAUCUUGAAUUACUUCGAUUGAACUAUUGCUCUAAUUUAAAUAUUAGUUUAAUAUCAAAUAAAUUAAAGAGUAUUGAAGUAAUCAAUUGUAGAGAAUGUAAAAUUAAUAUUAAAUCAGAUUGUAUUGAAAGAUUGAAAUUAGAAAGAAAUAAACAAACACAAAUCAAAUUAUCAACAAAUAAAUCAAAUAAUAUUUGCAUUAGAGAAUGUGAAAAUUUCAAAUUUGAAAUAGAAUCUAAUAAUGAACAAAAUAUUGAAAUAUUAGAAGGAAAACAGAUUAAUGUAAAAUCAAAAUGUCCAAUCAAUAAACUGAUAGUAUCACAAUCUAAACAAGUGAAUAUUACAGGAAAUGAAAAAUGUAAUACAAUGAAAGUUAUUGAAUCUACAAUCAAUGAAAUUGAUGUUAAACCAAAGAAAAUUAUAUUUAAAUCAAUUGAAGAAUACAUUAAAGUACCUCUGAAAGAAGCAGAAGAGAUAUAUAUUGUAUCAAUGAAAGAUUAUAUCUUUGAAGAAUUAUUUGAUAAAUGUAAGAAAUUAUGUAUUGAUGAAUGUAAGAAUUGUCAAUUCAUAAUCAACAAGAAUCAAAUCAAAGAAAUGAAAAUAACAAAAUGUAAAAAUACAGAAAUCACAGGGAAGUUAGAUAAUAUUGAAGAAAUCAUCACAAUAGAUAAUGAAGAAUGUAAUAUUCCAGAAACAAAGAAUGUUAUAAAAGAAGAUACAGAAAUAAUAGAAAUGGAUAAUACAAAUAAAGAUAUAGAAAUAGAAACAGAUAAGAAAUAUGUUAUAAUAAGAAAUAUUCAUGAUCG